AUGUCAUUUUUAAAUAACGAAGAAAUAAAAAUUAAUUGUCCGAGUUGUGAAGCGAAGCGGGCAAAUGAUAAACAAAACUGUGAAUAUUGUAAACUACGAUGGGCAAGUGAAAAGAAGGAGAACUGUCCAAAGUGUCAUCAAAAAUGGAAUGUUCAUUAUCAGUUUUGUCCUACUUGUGACCUCCCACCAUGGAGCAGUGGGAAUGAUAAAAUUGAUCAAAUUAUAAAGGAAUCUCAGCUUAAAUUUGAUAAUAAAUCCGUUAUUGGUUUACUUGAGUGGAUUCUUUAUGAAGAAUUUGAAAAUAUAAAUUCUAUUGCUAAAGGAGGUUUUGGCAGCAUAUCAAAAGCCAUAUGGAGAUCGGGAUCCGCUCAUUUCGAUGAAGAAAAAAGAAAAUUCAUUAGAUCAGGACCAAAACCAGUUGCUUUAAAAAAAUUAUCCGAAUCAAGCGAUGCAAAUUAUGAUAUUAUUCAAGAAAUACAAUCUGUGAUUUUAUUUCGAUGCAACGUAUUCAUUGCUAAAAUAUAUGGAAUUUCCAGAGAUCCGGUGACUGGUGACUAUAUUCUAGUCUUUUAUUAUUACGAGAACGGUACGUUGUAUAAUCGAAUCACGCAAGAGGAGAAGAUGUCAUUUACUUUAUUGCAACAUGAUUUAAAGGAGUUAGCUACAGGAUUGGAAAUUUUACAUGAACGUGGAUACGUUCACCGUGAUUUGCAUAGUGGUAAUAUUUUAUGUGCUCCUGCUUUAUAUAUAACCGAUUUCGGGAAUUGCAAAAAAGUUGCAGAGAUUACAG